ACAACUGAAGCACCAACAACUACAGAUGAAGCACCAACAACUACAACUGAAGCACCAACAACUACAACUGAUGCACCAACAACUACAACUGAUGCACCAACAACUACAACUACUGCACCAACAACUACAACUGAAGUACCAACAACUACUGCACCAACAGCUACAACUGAAGUACCAACAACUGCAACUAUUGCACAAAUCAAUACAACUGAAGCACCAACAACUGCAACUGAAGGAACAACAACUACUCCACCAACGACUAAAAUUACUGCACCAACGAGUAAAACUGAUGCACCAACAACUAAAACUACAGAACCAACAACCACAACUGAUGCACCAACAACUACAACUGAAGCACCAACAACUACAACUGAUGCACCAACAUCUACCACUGAUGCACCAACAACUACAACUGAUGCACCAACAACUACAACUGAAGCACCAACAACUACAACUGAUGCACAAACAACUACAACUGAUGCACCAACAACUACAACUGAUGCACCAACAACUACAACUGAUCCACCAACAACUACAACUGAUGCACCAACAACUACAACUGAUGCACCAACAACUAAAACUACAGAACCAACAACCACAACCACUGUACCAACAACUACAACUGAUGCACCAACAACUAAAACUACAGAACCAACAACCACAACCACUGUACCAACAACUAUAACUACUGCAAGACAAAUCAAUACAACUGAAGAAACAACAACUACUCCACCAACAACUAUAAUUACUGCACCAACAACAACAACUACUGCACCAACCACUACAACUACUGCACCAACAACUACAAUUGAUGCACCAACAACUACAACUGAAGCACCAACAACUACAACUGAAGCACCAACAACUACAACUGAUGCACCAACAACUACAACUGAUGCACCAACAACUACAACUGAUGCAACAACUAAAACUACAGAACCAACAACCACAACCACUGUACCAACAACUAUAACUACUGCACCAAAAACUGCAACUACGGCACCAACAACUACAACACCUGCACCAACAACUAAAACUACUUCACCAACAACCACAACUACUGCACCACCAAGUACAACUGUGGCACCAACAAGUACAACUGUUGCACCAAUAACCACAACCACUGCACCAACAACAAAAACUACUGCACCAGCAACUACAACUGCUGCACCAACAACUAAAACUACAGAACCAACAACCACUGUACCAACAACUACAACCCCUGCACCAACAACCAUAACUACUGCACCAACAACUACAAAUAAGGCACCAACAACUACAACCCCUGCACCAACAACUAAAACUACUGCACCAACAACUAAAACUACUGCACCAACAACCACAACCACUGUACCAGCAACCAUAACUACUGCACCAACAAGUACAACUGUGGCACCAAUAACCACAACCACUGCACCAACAACAAAAACUACUGCACCAACAUCUACAACUGAAGUUCCAACGAAUACUGCACCAACAACUAUAACAGCUGAAUUAACAAUUACAACUGAAUCACCAACAACUACAAACACUGCACCAACAACUUCAACUGAAGUACAAACAACUGCAAUUGACGCACCAACAACUACAACUACUGCACCAACAACUACAACUGAAGUACCGACAACUACAACUACUGCACCAACAACUACAACUACUGCACCAACAACUACAACUGAAGCACCAACAACCACAACCGCUGCACCAACAACAACUGAAGUACCAACAACUAAAACCACUGCACCAACAACUACAACCCCUGGACCAACAACUACAACUACUGCACCAACAGCUACAACUGAAGCUCCAACAACUACAACUACUGCACCAACAACUACAACUACUGCACCAACCACUACAACUGAAGCACCAACAACUUUAACUAAAGCUCAAACAACUAUAACUACUGCACCAACAACUACAACUACGGCACCAAGAACUACAACCCCUGAACCAACAACUAAAAUGACUGCACCAAUAAUCACAACCACUGCACCAACAAUAAAAACUACUGCACAAACAACUACAACCGAAGUUCCAACAACUACUGCCCCAACAACUACAACUACUGCACCAACAACUACAACUCCUGCACCAACAACUACAACUGAAGUAUUAUCAACUACAAUAGCUGUACCAAAAACUUCACCUGAAGUACCAACAACUACUGCACCAACAAAUACAAUUGACGGACCAACAACUGCAACUACUGCAACAACAACUACAAGUACUAGACCAACAACUAAAAAUGAAGCACCAACAAUUACAAAUACGGCAAAAACAAUUGUAACUAGAGCACCAACAACUACAAGUACUGCAAAGACAAUUACAAAUAAAGUACCAACAAUUUCAACGACUGCACCAGCAACAACAACUACCCUACCAACAACUACAACUACUGCACAAACAACUACAACUGAUACACCAACAACUAUUGCACAAACAACUACAACUACUGCACCAACAACUACAACUGAAGCACCGACAACUCAAACUACUGCACCAACAACUACAACUGAUACACCAACAACUACAACUGAAGCAACAACAACUACAACUAUUGCACAGACAAUUAAAACUACUGCACCAACAACUACAACUGAAGCACCAACAACUCAAACUACUGCACCAACAACUACAACUGAUACACCAACAACUACAACUGAAGCAACAACAACUACAACUAUUGCACAGACAAUUACAACUACUGCACCAACAACUACAACUGAAGCACCAACAACUCAAACUACUGCACCAACGAAUCAAACUGAAGCACAGACAACUACUGCAACAACAACUACAAAUACAGCACCAACAACAACAACCCCUGCACCAACAACUAAAACUACUGCAUUAAUAACCACAACCACUGCACCAACAACAAAAACCACUGCACCAACAACUUCAACUGAAGAACCAACAACUACAAUUGAAGCACCAACAACUACAACUGAAGUACCAACAACUACUGCACCAACAACUACAACUGAAGGACCAACAACUGCAACUACUUUACCAACAACAAAUGCACUCACAACUACAACUGAAGUUUCAUUAACUACAACUGAAGCCCCAACAACUACACCUGAAGUACCAACAACUGCUGCACCAACAAAUACAAAUUCGGCAGCUUCACAAACAAUUUUAAGUACUCCAAAAUUACUAACAACAACUGCUCAUGCAACUCUCAAGGUCAGGUUCUUUGAUGACCGGAAUACUACUCAAGUGGAACAUUUUAACAGGCUUAUCGGGAUUAUUCAAAAAAAUGUUAAUUGGGCUUUCAACAUUACUGUGAAGAAACUUGUUUAAUGGACAUCUCAGCGCAGGCAGAUUCAAUUUAUGCAGUUGUUCCAGCCCUGCAUCCCAGCCGGGUUCCAGCCCAGCAGUCCUACAGGGGACAAGGACAGUCCCUCCAAGGACUUCCCCUGUCAAAGCUCCUGGGGCUCCGCGCUCUUGCGCGUCCCCAAGGGCUAGAACUUCCCCACCCAUCCCCACCCCUUCUGGACUUCCCCCAAUGUUCUCUUGUGCUGGUUCAUUGUACGUCUUACCUCGUGUGUUUGAUGUUUUCCAGUUUUAUGCUUGUUCUUCGUUCCUUGUUCCCGGUGUCCUCCAUUGUCUAGUAAGUGUUAGUUUAGUUUUUCAAGUUUUUGUUUUUGUUUUUGUAGUUUAGUUAGUCCUUUUUUUUUUGUUUAAAUAUAUUAUCUUGUCUUGUUUUCCCCCUCGUGGGUUUUGUUUUGCCUUUUUUGUCCUGUUUGUUAUAUAUAAUAAAUACCCCUGUUUACCCGUACGUCUGUGCCUGCCUGCAAUUGGGUUCUCCCGCAUUGUCUUUCGUGACAUUACUGUGGCUCAGUGGUGGAGUCGGGAACUCGUCAAGCCGGAGGCCCGAUUCCCGUUCCUGACUGUUUCAGCACAGCCUUAAAAACUAGGAAACCAUUCAAAUAAAUAAAUGUGGCAAUUUAAAACUUUUUUGUUGCAGCUAUCAACUUGCACACCCGAAAAAAAUGGCUUACUUUUCAUUUCUUUUGAGAGAUCAUAUGGCUGGAAAUAUGUCUAGAACUUGACAACCCUUCACUAGUUUAUUGUCUGUUAUCGAUGAGGAUGUUUUUUUGUGCCCUUAAUUAUCUGGUGCUCUGUUUUUGUUUUUUUAUGGAUUUAUUUCAUCCAUGAUGAUGUGGAAACUGUAUCAUUUUUUAUCUUAUCUGCCCUACUUAGCAGACCUUCCAGCCGGUUAUUGACUUUGUUCACCCCAAGCCCACAGUAAAAUCCCCCCGGACUCCGCACUCUUGAGCGCCUGCCCCUAAGACUGUCCCACCCUGUCCCAACCCCUCUGGACUUUCCUCCAUGAACUCUGUUGUUCACCUGGGGGUGUUCAUUAAAGGGGCACUUCUGUCAUGAUUCUGCCUCUCCAUGUCAUGUCUUUCUUGAUCUUGUGGCAGAGACAUGACAAAGCCUUAGGUUUUGUGAGGAGAGAAUCAUAUUAUUGUCGAACAUGACUAGUGGUGGGCCGUUAAUGGCGUUAACGCAGCGAGACUCUUAUCGCGCGAUAAAAAAAUGUUGCCGUUAAUCUAUUCUCAAAGUUGGGUUGGGAGCUGGGUCUAUACUACGCAAGCUAUGAUGACUCUCCCCUUGAUAUUUUUAGCACAACAAAACCUAUACUGGAUUAUAAGAACAUUUAAAGUUAAAUUUAUAAUAUGUUUAUUGCUACUUAUAAGUGAUGCAAUUGAUUUUCAAUUUGCAUGCUCAAAAUCCAUUAUACUCUGAUUAAUAAUUAUUAAUUACAGUAUUGUAUGGUUCUGUAGGAUCUGGCUAGACCAAAGGUGACCAUUUGGCCAUCGUUAAACACCAUGACCUCUCAGCAUGAGUCUAAAUGGCGCCAGCAAGUCUGAUCCAACUGCCCUCUCUUAAAGCACCCAUCAUUUGACAAGGAUAGAUUCCAAUACACUCCCCUGGACUUCAAAGGAGUCCCAAAGAGGAGGGUGGGGUGCUCCCCCAACAAGGACGGCAGAUGUUUCGAGAGAUGAAUUUGGCAAAUGGUUUAAUUUCUCUUGAAAUGUCUGUCUUUUACCUUUUACCACAAAAGAAUAGUUUAAAUGGAUGUACAUCUAUAUCUCCACAUUGUAUGUUUGUCCCCAUGUUAAUCAGCCUCGCCUAUAACCUCAAAAGCAUGUGUGUUUAGUUGUAUUCUGCUUAUAUUUUCAUUCUUGUACAAACUUCAGGUCAAUGUACUUAAAAUCCUGGCAUAUUUUAUAUCUAAAUGUUUUUCUCUUCAUUCCUUGAAAUAUGAUGUAUAGCACAGUAAUGUGUUUUAUACCAUACUCAUUUUAUGUCAUUCUAAGAGUUUUACAGUGCCAAACUUCUAAGUGAUCCUAAAUGCAAAUGAGCUAAUAAGCUAAACAAGGAAGCUUGAUUUCACGCCUUAAAUCAUCUCAUCGCAUUGGAUUGCCCACCUUGGAGGGGCGUGAGCCCCCAGGCUUAAAAGAUCCGUGAACAGAACAAACAAUGCUCUUCCCAGUGUUCACGCAUUUCAUGUUCAAGAACACCUCCUGAGACCUGUCUCUCUCUUCAGAGACAGUUUCUUCCAGCAGUUACUUUGGCAAAGUUUGUUUCUACCUUCGUCAUGCUCACUCUAGAUGUUGUGUGUGAGCUCUUGUUGUGGGAUGUACAAAAUGUCUUCUGUGACACACAGUGUGAUGGGUAUAGCCUUCCUCUACUAGAUAUCUCCUGUAGGCUCGCCAUUCAUCGGUCACAAUGCUUGUGGCUCUCUUGAUAACAACAAAUUAGUGCAGACAGGAGGAGAAGGGGUUUCUCCAUCCGCUGCCUGGAUUUGGGUUCUUCUUCAUGCUUAAUGCUUAAUGCUUCAAUUUUGAAUGGCACUUUGUUUGAUAUUGGUGCAUAGACCUGUAUAGUAUAUUAAAUCAACUAAAAUAAAAGGUAGAACAAUUUGACCUUA